CGCGACUUAGUCGCUUAACCCGUUAGCACAUUCGCACUUGAGCCCUCGUCCGAGCCAGAAAUGCAGUCCCACUCGCUCCUCCUGAUCGCAGCCGUCGCCACGUUGCUCGUGGCCCAGACGGCGGCCAAGUUCCAGCUGAAGAACCACGAAGAUGCCGAGAAGGCCUUCGAGGAGUGCCGCGAGGACUUCUACGUGCCCGACGACAUCUACGAGAAGUACUUGGACUACGAGUUCCCCGCCCACCGGCGCACCAGCUGCUUCGUCAAGUGCUUCCUGGAAAAGCUGGAGCUCUUCUCGGAGAAGAAGGGAUUCGACGAGAAGGCCAUGAUCUCGCAGUUCACGUCCAAGAGCAGCAAGGACCUGUCCACGGUGCAGCACGGCCUGGAGAAGUGCAUCGACCACAACGAGGCCGAGUCGGACGUCUGCACCUGGGCCAACCGCGUCUUCUCCUGCUGGCUGCCCAUCAACCGCCACGUGGUGCGCAAGGUCUUCGCCUAAAUGCUAUGUGAUAAAGUCCCCCUUUACUGUACACCCCAGAGAAUAUUGUAUAAAUAAACCAUUUUAGUUUUCCGA